AUGCAAUUUUAUGAUUUUCUCCCUGCUCCAAAUCCACUUAUUUAAGCUACUGAUCCUGAAAUGAAUACUAAAAUAACUCAGAUUAAAAAAAGAGAUGAGUAUAAUGAAAGGGAUCCAAGUAAGAAUCUCUGGGAUUAUUUUACAGAUAAUAAAUAAAAUCUCGUUUAUUAAAGAUAUGAUAACUAUCCUUGGUCAAUGAUUCCUUUGAAUAACCAUAGAUUUACAGCAUCUUAUUUCUUUGACUGCAAGAAACUGAUUUCCUUGAACCGAGAAAUCAAAUUAACUGAAUUUUAAUCUGUCUUAUACAAAUAUCUAUUCCCUUCCACCAUGAAACAAAAAGAAUUUAAACCUUUAUUAUUAGAAUAAGAGAACAAGAACUAUUCAGGAUUGAAAUUUGAUUCACAUUACGAAAGUGCAAACCUUUUUGCUUCAUUCAGAAUUAGUACUUAUGAAUAUGACUUGAUUAUGCAAAAUGAUACUAAUUCCAAAGGACAUACUUAAUGGUUUUAUUUCUCUGUUGAAAAUACUUAAAAAAAUGCGUUGGUUACAUUUAACAUUAUUAACUUUAUAAAAAAUGAGUCACUAUUUAAUUUGGGUUAACGACCUGUCGUCUAUUCUAUUAAAUCUAAUAAAACUAAAGGAAUUGGGUGGAUCAAGGCUGGUACUAAUGUUGUUUAUUUCAAAAACAAAUAUAAAAAAGAGAACAGUACCACUAAAACUUAUUAUACUUUAAGUUUCUCAUAUAAGUUUGAGCACUCAAAUGAUAAAGUCUAUUUUGCCUAAUGUUAUCCAUAUACAUAUUCCUAAUUGAAUUCAUUUAUAGAUAGAGUUAUAAGAAUUAACCAAGUAAAUUAAAUACGAUAUUAGUUUUCAACUGUAAAAGAGCUAUGCAAGACUAUGACUAGAUUAUAAUGUCCAUUGAUUACAAUAGGAAAAGGUAGGAAAGCAAUAUUGUUAAUGGCAAGAUAACAUCCUGGAGAGACUCCAAGUUCUUAUGCAAUAGAAGGAGCAAUUGAAUUUCUGAUUAGGAAUUGCAUAGAAGCUGAGAUGCUAAGGAAUCAUUUUACUUUCUAUAUUAUUCCAAUGUUAAAUCCUGAUGGAGUGAUGUUUGGAAAUUAUAGGUGUAAUUUAUACGGAACCGAUCUUAAUAGAAUUUGGGUAAAUCCACAUAAGGAACUACAUGAUUCAGUUUGGUACAUUAGAGAUAUGAUCAAAUAAAUUAAUUAAUCGACCGAACUGAGCAUGAUAAUUGAUUUUCACGGCCAUUCAAAAAAAUUCAACAGCUUUUUUUAUGCCAAUAAUGGAGGUGACUCAUUAAAAUUAUUUCCUUUGAUUUGUUCAAAAAUUUCAAAGAUGGUAAGUUUAAAAGAUUGCUCUUUCAGUAUUCAUGAAAGCAAAAAGAAAACCGCAAGAGCAGCUCUUUAAGAGGAUGUUAGGAGUGGAUAUAUUUAUACUUUAGAAUCAUCUUUUCAUGCAUAUAAACGUUAAUUUGCUCAGGACUUUUGCGAUAUUCAUUAUAAGGAAUUAGGGGUUGAUAUAAUACUUUCAAUGUUUAAAUUAUUUUAACAAGAGAUGGUUUAAUCAACUUUUGAAUAAAAUAUUAAUUUUAAAUUACCUACUACGAUGAAUUCAUAAUAAAAUAAUGAUUUGGAUAUAUUUAUCAAAAAUUAUGAUUUGAGUUAACUUUAAUUAAACUAAGACGAUUCAGGAAGUGAUUCCAAUCCAGAAGAAGAUGUAUUGCAAGAUUUAGAAUAGUUAUCAAUCGCAGAAUCCAGAAAGUUAAGUAAAGCCUAAUUAAUUACUAAAAAGAAAAUAAUAAAAAUAGACAAAAGUACAUAAACUGAUAUAUCUCAUUAUUAAAAUUUAAUGUUAGAUGAAAAAGUCUUAAUCAAAAUUGAAGAGUAAGUGAAAGCAUUAAGAAAAAAUAAUAAUAAUUUGGAGACAAUUGGAAUUUUGGGUAAUGAUGUUGAGUUCUAAGAAGGAUAGAAAUGUGAAUUUUAAUAAACAGAUAUCUCAUUAUAAUAAAUUUUAGGGAGAAUGCAAGUGUUUCAUGUAAGAGUUUCCAAUAAAAAUUCUAUGUUUUAGCAUUAAUUUACUACACAAUCUAGUAAACCUGUUGUGAUUGUAUUGAAGAAUCCAUAUUCUAAAUAACAAUUACAAUAAAAUUAAUAAACAACUUAUUAAUAAGAUUAGUUAUCAAUAAAAAAUAGAAGAAGAGUUGCAUCAAUAAAUGGUAGAGCUUCAAUAGACUCGAAAAGAUUAGCAAAUGAAAGAAAAUAUAGCAUUUAGCAUUAUUAAUAAGAAAAGUAUCACGGAUAUAGUUAUUAAUACAACACUCCUGUAAAUUUUAUGCCUUAGGAUACAACUUUCGAUAAAAUUGCAAACAUUAGCAAAGCUAGAUUCAAUGAAAAAUAAGUAGUUAAAAACCAAUUUUGA